CCAACUUUUACUCAUAACAACAUGAACAUAACCAUAUAAUUCUGCAUACUGUACUUGUUAUCUGCUAACUGUUUUAUAAAGCCAUCAAACUAAUAUUUUGUAAUUGUUAUUGUUAAGUUCUUCUUUUGUCUUAAGUGUAGUGUUAUUAAUGGCUAAAUUAGUGAAAAAACCUAGAAAAAAUGGAUAUAAGUUGCCUGAUCCCUUACCAUUAGGCGAGAUAUUGGAAGACAUUAACAAAAAAAAGUGGAUAUUAGGACCGUCUAUAGGAAAAGGUGGUUUUGGAGAAAUAUAUUCAGCAAGAGAGUAUACGGAAUCUUCUAAACCAUCAAAACAGUAUCCUUAUGUUAUUAAAAUUGAACCUCAUGCUAACGGUCCCCUUUUUGUAGAAAUGCAUUUUUAUAUGCGUAAUGCAAAGCCAGAUGAAGUCGACGCUUUUCGAUUGUCAAAAAAAAUGCACCACUUUGGCAUGCCCAAGUACAUCGCAUCAGGCUCACAUCAACAUGACAAACAGAAGUACCGAUUUUUAGUAAUGGAAAAGUUUGGUAGUGAUAUAUGGAAGCUGUUCCUUGAAAACAACCGUAAAUUCCCUCCAGUUACAGUUUUUAAAUUAGGCAUUCAAAUAUUAGAUGUUUUAGAAUAUAUUCACAGCAAAGGCUAUGUACAUGCUGAUAUAAAAGGGGCUAAUAUUCUACUUGGGGAAGAUUCCAAAAACCCUAAACAAGUCUAUUUGGUUGAUUUUGGUUUGGCUUCACACUUUUCUUCACUAUUGAAACCAGAUCCCAAAAAGGCUCACAAUGGAACAAUUGAAUAUACUAGUCGUGAUGCCCAUUUAGGAGUUCAAACUAGAAGGGGAGAUUUAGAAAUUCUAGCAUAUAAUUUAAUUCAGUGGUUAGGAUGUCGUUUACCAUGGGAAGAAAAUUUAGACCCAGCCUCUGUUCAAAAUAGCAAAAACCAAUACAUGAAUGACAUUGAACAGUUUUUGAAGACAUGUUUUAAAAAUGAAAAAGUACCAAAAACAGUUGCAAACAUAUUGAAAUAUAUAACUUCUCUAGAAGUAGGUGAUACACCAGAUUAUGAACAUUUAAGAAAAAUAUUAGCUGAUGGUAUUAAAGCUGAAAGUGGAUCU